AUGCAAAAUAUUCGUCAGUUAAUUCUCACACAACGCUCGGCAUCCGUUUCGAAGAUCAAUUAUCUACUAAGACGAUGUCUUACCUAUUCCACUGCAACAAGUGUUAAUCCAACCAGCUUCCCUCUCAAUCCUUCAUCAUUAACUCUAGUCGAUUCGAGCGUUUCAUCAUGUAUAAACGGUCGAUUGUUAUCAACGACAAAGUGUGGUCUAACCACUAUCUAUCGACACCAACCUGUGCGCUAUGCAUCUUCCGGUAGUUUACCAUCGCAUCGAAAAAUCACACUUCCAGCUUUAUCACCAACAAUGGAAACAGGAACACUACGUUCUUGGUCAAAAAAAGAAGGAGAUAAAAUAGUCGAAGAUAUCUUAGCUGAAAUUGAAACCGACAAGGCAACAUUAGGAUUUGAAUCAAUUGACGAAGGUUAUCUAGCAAAAAUCCUCAUACCUGGUGGUAGUAAAGAUGUUCCUGUUGGAAAAUUAUGUGCCAUCAUUGUGAACAAAGAGGAAGAUGUAGCUGCAUUUAAAGAUUUCACAGAUGACGGUGGUGAAACACCAGCGAAAGAUGAAUCUGCAGAUCAAAAAGCCGAAAAGAAAGAGAAGGAACCGGCGAAAAAAGAAGAUUCAACCAGUAAAUCAAAAGAACAACCGAAAAAAGAGAAGGCACAAACAAGCAGUUCAACGAAAGGAGAUCGUAUAGUUGUUUCACCCCUUGCUCGCAAACUUGCCGAAGAAAAAGGCAUUGAUUUAGCCUCUGUUCAAGGAACUGGUCCGAAUAGUCGAAUCAUAGCUGAAGAUAUUGAGAAAUUUGUUAAAGAAGGUGGUACCAAAGCGGGUGUUAAGAAAGCCAAAGAUCAUCAGCAAGUUAGUUCUAGUCGAGGAGCAAGAAGAGAACAAGAAACUGCAGCACGUACAGGUGGUUAUGAUGACGAACAAGUCUCCGAUAUUCGAGCGGAAAAUGCCCGUCGUGUGACUGAAUCGAAGACAACUAUUCCUCAUUAUUACUUAACAGUUGAAAUUGAAGUUGAUGAAAUACUCAAAUUACGGGGAAAAUUGAACGAUCUGAUUGCACCAAAAUCCAAAGAUGGAACAAGUAAAUCUCGCGGUGUAACAUUAAAUGAUUUUAUCAUCAAAGCAGCUGCACUUGCUUGUAAAAAACGACCAGAAACAAACAGUGUAUGGAUGGAGAAAACAAUUCGCCAAUACGAAACAGUUGACAUCAAUAUCGCAAUAAAUACAGAUGCAGGCGUUUUAAUGACACCGAUUUUGUACAAUGUUGAUCAAAAGGGUGUUUCGGCGAUCAGUAAAGACGUUUCACAGUUGAGUGAAAAAGCCAAUGCCGGAAAAUUAUCUGACAACGAACUUGAGAUGGGAACGUUUACAAUAUCAAAUCUAGGCAUGUACGGUAUAACUAACUUUAGUCCUGUUAUUUAUCCUCAACAAUCUGCAAAUUUGGCGAUUGGCAGUAUUGAAAAUCGAAUUUUACCUUCAUCAGAUCCUUCCAAAAACUACCGUCAAGCAUCUGUUCUUACUGUAUCAUUAUCAUGCGAUCAUCGCGUCAUCGACGGUGCCAUUGGUGCGCAAUGGUUGCAAGAAUUCAAACAGUAUCUUGAAAAUCCAGGCUCGAUGAUCCUAUAG